AUGGCGGAUAUGGUAAAUGCCGGGACAGAUUCCACGGCAACGUCAGUUGCAUGGGCGUUUGUGAUACUCAGCCAUUUUCCAGAUGUACAGAAACAGCUCCGUGACGAGGUCGACGCGUUCAUUAACAAGCACGGACGGCUUCCAACUUAUGAAGAAAGAGAGAACUUUCCGUUUUUACUUUCCACGCAAAAGGAAUGCUUGAGAUAUAAGUCCCUUGUACAUCUUGUGUUACACCAAGUCUCUGAAGAUAUCGAAUGCAAGGGAUAUAUUAUACCGAGAGUAUCAAUUGUUGUUUCUAAUACAUACACCCUGCAUCAAGAUACGACGUUUUAUGACAAUCCAGAGAAGUUUAUUCCGGAUAGAUCCAUGGAAGACCAGACGCCAAUGUCCGUGUGUGCAAAUUCGCGUGAAAAACGCGAUCAAUUUACUUUUGGUUGGGGAAGACGAGUUUGUCCUGGAAUUCAUAUGGCUGAAGUUGAACUGUUCCAUAUCUGGGUGAGGGUUUUUGCAACCACAAUAAUCGAACCACCUCUUGAUAACAGCGGGAAGCCUGUGUAUCCAAAUUUGAACGCUAUCGAAGAUUUGGGAAUCAUCGUUGCUCCAAAGGAGUCGAAUCUUGAAUUCAUUGAACGCAGAGAUCGUCUUAUCUAA